CCCAUUUUGUCCCCUCUCCUUUCUCUCCUCACUCUUCACCUCUCCCCAGGUCGCCUUCUUAGAGGACUCCGCCGACGGAGAUGCUGCGGACCCCGCGGCCAGGGUCUGCUCCCCGGAGAACCCUCCGUCCACCUUUGCCCCCUCCCCGGGGGCGCGGGACGCAAGUUUCCGCUCCGUCCUUUCCCCAGUGACAGGACUUGGCUGUGGCCACGGCCAGGGAGGAGGGGGGAGGGACUGCCUGGCUCCCGAGCCCCCUCCCCUAAUCGCGAGCUCUGCGCGGUCUGUGUCUCUCUCGGCAAGUGCGGAGACGCGGAGGAGGAGGAGGAGGAGGAGGGAGUUGGGGGAGGAUCUCCAUUGAAAUAAACAACCAGGCAGCAGUUAUUAACACGGGAACAUGGCGGCCGCAGCCUCAGCCACAGCUUCGGCGGCGAAGGUCAGCGCCGACGGCAGCCGGCACCUGACGGCGUGACCGACCCGAGCCGAUUUCUCUUGGAUUUGGCUACAACUUUAUAGAUCUUCUGCACUGUGUACAGGCACAGGCGGUGGCUGCCAUCAGAGAUUUACAUCUCGGGAUAUGAUGAGUGAGAUUACCAAAGUGACAUUUUAUGGUGAUUGAUUUGCUCUUGGUGCACAGGUUGCUGAUAUGUGUUCAAGAUGAGUGGGAUGGGAGAAAAUACCUCUGACCCAUCCAGGGCAGAGACAAGAAAGCGUAAGGAAUGUCCUGACCAACUUGGACCCAGCCCCAAGAGGAGCACUGAGAAACGUAAUCGUGAACAGGAAAAUAAAUAUAUUGAAGAACUUGCAGAGCUGAUUUUUGCUAAUUUUAACGAUAUAGACAACUUUAACUUCAAACCUGACAAAUGUGCAAUCUUAAAAGAAACUGUGAAGCAAAUUCGUCAGAUCAAAGAACAAGAGAAAGCAGCAGCCGCCAACAUAGAUGAAGUGCAGAAGUCAGACGUGUCAUCUACCGGGCAGGGUGUCAUCGACAAGGAUGCACUAGGGCCUAUGAUGCUUGAGGCCCUUGAUGGGUUCUUCUUUGUAGUGAACCUGGAAGGCAACGUUGUGUUUGUUUCAGAGAAUGUGACACAGUACCUAAGGUAUAACCAGGAAGAGCUGAUGAACAAAAGCGUAUAUAGCAUCCUGCAUGUUGGGGACCACACUGAAUUCGUCAAAAACCUGCUGCCAAAGUCCAUAGUGAACGGGGGAGCUUGGUCUGGCGAACCUCCCAGGCGGAACAGCCAUACUUUCAAUUGUCGGAUGCUGGUAAAACCUUUACCUGAUUCAGAAGAGGAAGGUCAUGAAAACCAGGAAGCACAUCAGAAAUAUGAAACUAUGCAGUGCUUUGCUGUCUCUCAACCAAAGUCCAUCAAAGAAGAAGGAGAAGAUUUGCAGUCCUGCCUGAUUUGUGUGGCCAGAAGAGUCCCCAUGAAGGAGAGACCAGUUCUUCCCUCAUCAGAAAGUUUCACUACUCGCCAAGAUCUCCAAGGCAAGAUCACGUCCCUGGACACCAGCACCAUGCGGGCAGCCAUGAAGCCGGGCUGGGAGGACCUGGUGAGGAGGUGCAUCCAGAAGUUCCACGCGCAGCACGAAGGGGAGUCUGUGUCUUAUGCCAAGAGGCAUCACCAUGAAGUGCUGAGACAGGGAUUGGCAUUCAGUCAGAUCUAUCGUUUUUCCUUGUCCGACGGCACUCUCGUGGCUGCACAAACGAAGAGCAAGCUCAUCCGUUCUCAGACUACUAACGAACCUCAGCUUGUGAUAUCUUUACAUAUGCUGCACAGAGAGCAGAAUGUGUGUGUAAUGAAUCCGGAUCUGACUGGACAAGCGAUGGGGAAGCCAUUGAAUCCAAUUAGCUCUAGCAGCCCUGCCCAUCAGGCCAUGUGCAGUGGGAACCCAGGUCAGGACAUGACCCUAAGUAGCAAUAUAAAUUUCCCCAUGAACGGCCCGAAGGAACAAAUGGGCAUGCCCAUGGGCAGGUUUGGUGGUUCCGGGGGAAUGAACCACGUGUCGAGCAUGCAGGCAACCACUCCUCAGGGUAGUAACUAUGCACUCAAAAUGAACAGCCCCUCACAAAGCAGCCCGGGCCUGAAUCCAGGACAGCCCAGCUCCAUGCUCUCACCGAGGCAUCGCAUGAGCCCUGGGGUGGCCGGAAGCCCUCGAAUCCCCCCCAGUCAGUUUUCCCCCGCAGGAAACUUGCAUUCCCCCGUGGGAGUUUGCAGCAGCACAGGAAAUAGCCAUAGCUACACCAACAGUUCCCUCAACGCGCUGCAGGCCCUCAGCGAGGGGCACGGAGUCUCACUGGGGUCGUCGCUGGCUUCACCGGACCUCAAAAUGGGCAACUUGCAAAACUCCCCGGUGAAUAUGAAUCCUCCCCCGCUCAGCAAGAUGGGAAGCUUAGACUCCAAAGACUGUUUCGGACUUUACGGGGAGCCCUCGGAAGGUCCAGCCGGGCCAGCAGAGAGCAGCUGCCACCCGGGGGAGCAGAAAGAUGCCAGCGAGGCCGGCCUGCCCCAGGCCGGGAGCGGCGAGAGGCCUGACGGGCAGGGCAGACUGCAUGACGGCAAGGGGCAGACCAAACUCCUGCAGCUGCUAACCACCAAAUCCGACCAGAUGGAGCCUUCGCCCUUGCCUGGCGCUCUGUCGGACACCAACAAGGACUCCACAGGCAGCUUGCCUGGCUCUGGGUCGACGCACGGAACCUCGCUCAAGGAGAAGCAUAAGAUUUUGCACAGACUCCUGCAGGACAGCAGUUCCCCCGUGGACUUGGCGAAGCUGACAGCGGAAGCCACAGGCAAAGAGCUGAACCAGGAGGCCAGCAGCACAGCUCCUGGGUCCGAGGUGACUAUUAAGCAGGAGCCAGUGAGCCCCAAGAAGAAAGAGAAUGCACUGCUUCGCUACCUGCUCGAUAAGGAUGAUACUAAAGAUAUCGGUUUACCAGAAAUCACCCCCAAACUGGAGCGACUGGACAGUAAGACAGACCCUGCCAGUAACACGAAAUUAAUCACUAUGAAAACUGAGAAGGAGGAGAUGAGCUUUGAGCCCAGUGACCAGCCUGGCAGUGAGCUGGACAACUUGGAGGAGAUUUUGGAUGAUUUGCAGAAUAGUCAAUUACCACAGCUUUUCCCAGACACGAGGCCAGGCGCCCCUGCUGGAUCAGUUGACAAGCAAGCCAUCAUCAAUGACCUCAUGCAACUCACAGCCGAGAGCAGCCCUGUUACACCUGUUGGAGCCCAGAAAACAGCAUUGCGAAUUUCACAGAGCACUUUUAAUAACCCACGACCAGGGCAACUGGGCAGGUUAUUGCCAAACCAGAAUUUACCACUUGACAUCACAUUGCAAAGCCCAACUGGUGCUGGACCUUUCCCACCAAUCAGAAACAAUAGUCCCUACUCAGUGAUACCUCAGCCAGGAAUGAUGGGUAAUCAAGGGAUGAUAGGAAACCAAGGAAAUUUAGGGAACAGUAGCACAGGCAUGAUUGGUAGUAAUGCUGCCCGGCCCACCCUGCCAUCUGGGGAAUGGGCACCUCAGAGUUCUGCUGUGAGAGUCACCUGUGCUGCUACCACCAGUGCCAUGAACCGGCCGAUCCAAGGAGGUAUGAUUCGGAACCCAACAGCCAGCAUCCCCAUGAGACCCAACAGCCAGCCUGGCCAAAGACAGAUGCUUCAGCCUCAGGUCAUGAAUAUCGGGCCAUCUGAAUUAGAGAUGAACAUAGGGGGACCUCAGUAUAGCCAACAACAAGCGCCUCCAAAUCAGACCGCCCCCUGGCCUGAGAGCAUCCUGCCGAUAGAACAGGCACCGUUUGCCAGCCAGAACAGGCAGCCGUUUGGCAACUCUCCAGAUGACUUGCUGUGUCCACACCCUGCAGCGGAGUCUCCAAGUGACGAAGGCGCUCUCCUGGACCAGCUGUACUUGGCCUUGCGGAACUUCGAUGGCCUGGAGGAGAUCGACAGAGCUCUGGGGAUACCCGAGCUGGUCAGCCAGAGCCAAGCGGUGGAUCCAGAGCAGUUCCCAAGUCAGGAUUCCAACAUCCUGCUGGAGCAGAAGGCCCCUGUGUUCCCACAGCAGUAUGCAUCUCAGGCACAAAUGGCCCAAGGCAGCUACACUGCCAUGCAGGAUCCAAGCUUCCACACCAUGGGGCAGCGGCCGAGCUACGCCACGCUCCGUGUGCAGCCCAGACCCGGCCUCAGGCCCACGGGCCUGGCGCAGACCCAGCCCAACCAGCUGAGGCUUCAGCUGCAGCAUCGCCUCCAAGCACAGCAGAAUCGCCAGCCACUCAUGAAUCAAAUCAGCAAUGUUUCAAACGUGAACCUGACUCUGAGGCCUGGAGUACCCACACAGGCACCUAUUAACGCACAGAUGCUGGCCCAGAGACAGAGGGAAAUCCUGAACCAGCAUCUUCGACAGAGACAAAUGCAUCAGCAGCAGCAAGUUCAGCAGCGAGCUCUGAUGAUGAGAGGACAGGGGCUGAACAUGACGCCCAGCGUGGUGGCUCCUAGUGGUGUGCCGGCAACUAUGAGCAGCCCCCGGGUCCCCCAGGCAAAUGCACAGCAGUUUCCCUUCCCUCCGAGCUACGGAUUAAGUCAGCAGCCCGAUCCAGGCUUUGCUGGGGCCACCGCACCCCAAAGCCCUCUGAUGUCGCCCCGGCUGGCGCACACGCAGAGCCCCAUGCUGCAGCAGUCCCAGGCGAACCCAGCCUACCAGGCCUCCUCGGACAUGAACGGGUGGGCACAGGGGAGCAUGGGCGCAAACAGCAUGUUUUCGCAGCAGUCCCCUCCACACUUCGGACAGCAAGCAAACACCAGCAUGUACAAUAACAAUAUGAACAUCAAUGUAUCCAUGGCGACCAACACAGGUGGGAUGAGCAACAUGAACCAGAUGACUGGACAGAUCAGCAUGACCUCAGUGACCUCCGUGCCUACGUCAGGGCUGUCCUCCAUGGGUCCCGAGCAGGUUAACGAUCCUGCUCUCAGAGGAGGCAGCCUUUUCCCAAGCCAGCUGCCUGGAAUGGAUAUGAUUAAGCAGGAGGGAGACGCACCACGGAAAUACUGCUGACGCUGAAGGUAGCUGGCUGCUUCUUUCUUCAGCUGACUGGGCUCACUUGCUCAAGAUGCUCACCAGUCUGGAGAGCUGCGUCUAUUUGUUUUGACCCAACCGACCUGCCAUCCAGUCCCGCCAGAGCAAGAUGGGCAGACGGGCCUGGGCCCCGCUCCCCCGGUGGAGUCCCCUCGGCUGCUGCAGGAGGAGCUGCCUCUUGUGUUGAUAGACGGGCUGCAGCUCGCGUCCGGACAACUGUCAGUCUGUUCACUGCAUUCACCUUAGUGCAACUUAGAUCUCUCCUGCAAAGUAAAUGUUGACAGGCAGACUUCAUACCCGUGUCAGAUUGAAUGUAUCUAAAUGUAUGUAUUUAAGGAAAACACCCAUGCUCUCGUUCUGUUCCUGUCUGGUUCCAGACACUGGUUUCUUGCUUUGUUUUCCCUGGCUAACCAGUCCAGCCCAAAAGAGUAAGAUUUCUUCUGGGGGGAAGAAAAGAAUUUAAAAAUAUAUAUAUAUCAAACAACAGAUGUUUUAAGCUAAGCCUUCAUUUGGGAUAAAAGCAGGGGAGACACCAUGGACCGCGCCCUGUGUACAGAGAGACACCCAAGAAGUGAAGACCAAGAAAUCGUAGUUGUAUCUUUGUAGAAAGCUCUCAAGACCAUGUUGGAAAGCGUUUCCAGUUACUGAACAGAUGAAAAGGAGCCUGUGGGAGGGCUGUUAACAGUAACAAGUACUUUUUCCUCUUUUUUUUUUUUUUCUGAUUCAAACCAAACUAGUUCACCCAAAUCAUGACUCAAGAAGAAAUAGUUUUCAUUUCCAGAUUCGCUUAGAUCGAUCAGACAGCCUGAAUCAGCACCUCCUCUUGAAUCUGGCCCCACCUCUUCCCUUCCCCUCUGCCUUCCCCUGUUCUCCCCACUCUCAUGUCUUUUUUUUUUUUUUUUUAAAUAAAAGCAACAGAAACCAGGUAAGCCCUAUAUUGUUUCCUUACGUGUUUUGCCAGCCACUUACCAAUUGCUAACUCUUAAAUUUCAGAAAAAGGCAUUUACUGGCAAGGAGAGGAGCAAAGUUAGGACUUGAUACCCAUCAGACUUUGGACACCUGCUUUGAAAGCAUAUUCAUUCUCUUCCCCAGCAACACUGGUCCACCAAACAGGAGAAAAUAAUAGUGUGCUUAAAAUUGACAGCAGACAUCACGACAGAUUUCACCUCCACCAUGUGUUUUUUAUUUUGUUUUUUAGCAGUGCUGACUAAGCCGGAGUUUUGUAAGGUACAUAAAAUCCAAUUUAUAUGUAAACAAGCAAUAAUUUAAGUUGAGAACUUAAGUGUUUUAAUUGUAUAAUUUUUGUGAGGUAUACAUAUUGUGGAAUUGACUCCAAAAUGAGGUACUUCAGUAUUAAAAUUAGAUAUCUUCAUAGCAAUGUCUCCUAAAGGUGUUUUGUAAAGGCUGUCACGGCCUCGAUUAGACCUAAUUUGUAGACUUAAGACUUUUUAUUUUCUAAACCUUGUGAUUCUGCUCACAAGUCACUUAUCUAAUCUAUGUGAUAUGCAGCCGCUAUAGAAACCGAUUCUUGAUUUUUGUACGUUUAUAUUCUUUCGUAAUGAACCUUAGGAAGACUGCGCGUUACUAAGCAGGUGGGGGACAAUCUUCUCUUAAUUGGCAUCAGUUCCAGACAACUGUAAUACCAAGAAACUGGUGACCUUUUUUGAGCAAUUUCUCCCCAACCCCUAAUACACAUACUUUCUUACCUAAAUUUCAGAAUGAUGUCUUUUUGAUGUCUAAAAAGCAAACCAUUUUAUAUCUCAUUAGCCAGGCUUUUUAGGAACAGAGAGGUUUUUCCUUGAAAUUUGAGUCCUUAUUUGUGGCAGGGUGAAAAAUAUACAGACUACCCCUAUUUAUACGGAUGUCUCUCUCUAUAUGUACAGAUUGUGGGAGUAUAGAAAGAGAUAUAGCCCAAGGAUGAAUGGUAAGCAGUCUGAAAGUGUGGCCCCAUACUAAAGAAACUUUCGGAAAAUUUGCAUUUCGCUACUUUUUUCCACUUGAGGGGGUCUCACUACAGGGAGGUGGCCGAGGGACAGCACUUCUUGGGGCCACCAGUUCACACGUCCCUCUUGAAAGGCUCUGCUUUUCUCAACCGAACCAUUGGGUCGCCCAACUGUGACAGAAAAACACGGGCAGAUGUUGGCCCUGAACUCCGUGUCCUCACCGGCACCACAAGGCUUAUGUCAUACACAGUGUAACGUGACCAGUUCCAAGUCGAUCUUUAGAAACGCGUGAAUUAGAAUGACUUUAACUUCACACAGCACAGAAGAGAAAUGGAGUUUAAGCUGGAUUUGUUUGUUUUAAGUCCCUUUUCACUAGAACACUGUCCAAAAAUACCGGUGUACCUUUUCUUGUUUAUUCCUCCGCCCACUGUGUUCUACUGUCGGUCCCCAUUCAGACAAAUCUGCAAACCUGUGAUACUGGUAAUUUGGAAUAAUUCAUGAUCGUUACCGUUUUGAAGGAAAAGAGAUGAUCAGUUCUCCUACGGCUCAGAUCAGGUCGUGGAUUUACACCUAAUUAAGAGAAGAAAAGUCAGUGAAGGAAUCCUCUUAUCACAUUGAUCAUGAUAGAAGCAAAAGCCAAAUCAAUCCCUCCAUGAUCAGUAUUUCUCAUGCUGUAUACAAUAAACUUGUUAGACUGAGUACUUGGUUUUCGUUUAAUAGAACAAAUAAUCAGUGUUUUACUUAUAUUACUAAAUGUGAAAAACACAUAAUGUGAAAAGUAUACAUACAUACAUACAUACAUUAACUUGGUUGUGAAACUCAUCUACGUGUUCAUGUGAUGUGGUAAGUUGAAAAAGUGAAGUGAGCUGUUUUCCUGCAAUGAAUUCGUUGAACUCGAAGAAGAAAAUGCCCCCUCCCACAUGUAUCUCUUACGGCCUGUAACAAUUGAAAGCAAUGUUUUUGCAGUUUAUAUAAUGCAGUUUUUAAUGUGUUUAAAAACGGAGUUCCUAUGGGCUUAACACCUGAAAUGGGUGGCACAGAUCCCCUUGCAGAACCCAAAGAUACACAAUCAAUUUUGAAAUGCAACUUAAGCCAUUAAUUGUUGGUGUGAAUUUAAAAUUUUCUAGUAUUUGUAUGGUAGUAUGCUGCCUAAGAGCAAAGCAUUCUCUGCACAAAAGAAAAUUACUGUAGUGGCUUCGAUUUUAAUUAGAAUUUUCUCCCUGGUGUUUCUUUAUAGACUAAAACGAAAUCUUUUAAGUUUCUUACUACAGGUAAAAGCUAUGUGCAAGAACCUCAAAAUGCUAAAAUCUAGCAUAAUGCCUUAGAUCUGUUUUUAAGUCUUGUAUAUUCCUACAUAGCUGUCCGAUGUAUUAUAUUUGUAUAGUGAACUGUGUACAAUUUUUUGAAUAAGUGCAUCAUCACUUAACCUUUAUGUUGUCGAAUGGUGAUGAUGAUACAUUUCUUCAAACAUUUAACUGUCUUUUUUUUUUCUUAUGCCAUUUGUGGGUUUUAUUUGUACAGUUCCUCAUGAAGUUGCAUCUGAGAUGUGUGUAUAUGAAAAGAUUAUACAAGGGUAAAAUUAAGCAAUAUAUUAACUAUGGUUCUUCAGGAGAAAGCUUACAGUGUUUCAGGUUGUGAUUUAUUUUCAAAAUGGAGUUGACUCCAAACAUCACUUUGUUCACCUGCAUUGAUGUUUGUAUUUCUAGUGUGAGCAGUUUAUGCAAAAGGUAGAUAUAUUCAGAGAAAUUUUAAAUACAUUUAUGCAAGUUAAUAUUGCUUUGCUGAUGCUAUUUGCUUAUUUGAUGUUAAAUAAUGCUAUUGUAAAUAAAGAAUUCUGUUGUUAUUGCAUCAUUUAAUAAAUUUUAAUGCCUUCGGGUUUUACAUGGCUUUGGA